GCCAAGCUAGAAAGCUAGAACUCAAGCCUGUCUUCACACAAAGAACACAAAAGUCAGUCAUUUUUAUGAGCUCCAAAGUGUCCAUCAUGGCCAAGAAUGAGCUCGUCGUGGCAUUAGUCCUCAGUUUGUCCCUUUUUGGCUUUACAAGCGCCGGCGAUCCCGACAUUCUCACCGACUUUGUGGUCCCCCCGAACGUCAACAUCAGUAACAUCGAUGGCAACUUCUUCACCUUCACCGGCAUGAGGUCUAUCUUGGGGUCCAAUCCCCCGACCGCGUUUACAGUGACCAAAGCAAGUGCAAAGGAGUUCCCCGCUCUGGAAGGGCAGAGCGUCUCGUUUGCAGUCCUCCAAUUCCCGGCCAGCUCGGUGAACCCCCCACACACGCACCCCCGCGGAUCGGAGCUCCUGUUCCUCAUAUAUGGGUCGCUGCAGGUUGGGUUCGUCGACACGACCAACAAGCUCUUCACUCAGACCCUCCAAGCUGGUGACAUGUUCAUAUUCCCCAAGGGGCUUGUCCACUUUCAGUACAAUUUUAAUCAGACCGACUCUGCGGUGGCAGUCUCCGCGUUUGGGAGCGCAAGCGCGGGAUUGGUAUCGGUCCCUGUGGCCGUCUUCGAGACCAACAUCGACGAUGGGAUCCUGGCUAAAUCUUUCAAUACUAAUGUCACCACCAUUCAAGCACUGAAGGCUGGCCUUGCACCCCCACCCACCAAACCAUGAGAAAGAGAGUGCGAGGGAGACAGAGAGAGGUCAACUUCUAAUAAAACAAUGUGAUCUUUAUUCCUGCAAUUUAUAUUUUGAAAGCUGAAGUGUUGAAAAUCACUGAAUAAAGCAAG